AUGGAGGUGCCGGAAGGGCCGUGGACGCCGCCUGCGCGACCCGGCCGGACCGGAGACGUGGCGGCGGCGGCGGCGGCGGCGGCGUUGCCGCCGGCGUUGCCGCCGCCCCCACGAACGCACUGCCAGGAAGCGGCGUUACAACCUCCUGGUGCUGUGGUCGAGCAUCGAGAUGACACCGGUGGCGGUGGCGGCUGUAGCAGCCGUAGCAGCGUUAUUUGGGGCGACAGCAGCAGUAGGCCGUCCAGCAACCCUGGCGGUGCGGGAGCCGCGGUGUUGCCGACGGCGACGGCGACGGAGGCGGCUGAUAGGGUAGCUGGCGGAGGCGGAUCCUUGGCGGCGCCGUCGACACCUCUUGCAACGCUGCGGCGGUGGGCUGCCGAGCAGAUGGUGGUGGUGGUGCGGUUGGCUCAUUUACCCAGCAGGUCCGGCAUAACGGGGGCAGCUACGGCUAUUCCACCUGCGAUAUCAACCGCCGAGGAUGCUUCCGAAAUGCCGGUGGCGGCGGCGACGGUGGCGGCCGCGCCGGCAGGCCCACCCGGCGCUGCCGCCGCCGCUGGCGGCGGCCCAUGGGCGACGUCGGCGGCGGCUGCAGGUGAUGCGGUAGCAGGCAGGACGCCGCGGCGGCGAGUGGGUGACGUGUUGGGGGAGGCCUGGUGGCGCCGGCGGGCGUCGGAGGAGCUGCAGCUCCCGGCGGCAACUCUUCGUGCAAUAAAGGCGGCGGGAGUACCCUGCCGCGACGCCGUACUGGCGCGAGUACGACUGGUAGGCGCGCCGCCGUCGCAGCCGCGGCAACAGCCGCUUGCGGUCGACAUCAGGGGCGGGAGCGAUGCGAGACGAGCAGCGUUGGCGGCGGCGGCAGGAGCACCGUCUGUACGGCGCCAGGGCGCAACGGCCGGCGGUCAGUGGCGAGCGCUGCCUGGCCGCGGCGGUGGCGGCGCCGCUGGCGCGGCGGCCGCGGCCGUCGCGGCGCAAUCGGGUGACUGGUACGACGAAGUUUACGAACUCAUGUACGCGCUGAUUGAGGAGGAGAGGGAGCGUGAGGCGGCUGCCGAGGCGGCUGGAGCGGGGGGCAGCCAAGAAUUUAGGGAAGGAAGCAUUCGGUACGACAUUUCCAGUAGCGUCGGCGGCGUCGGCGGCGUCGGCGGCGACGAAUGGCCGCCGGAGCCGUUCGAGCGGCGGUCUUCUGGACGUUCGGAGGGUGGCGGAUCCACCGGUCACACCGUCCGCCGACUGGAGCUACAGCUGCUGCCGUCGCCGCCGCCGCCGCCGCCGUCGCCGCCGCCGCUAGGUCGCGGCAAGUCAAUGGACCUCCGAGCUCCUGCGGGGCCGGCGGAGGCGCUAGGAUUGGCGGCCGCCGGGGGCUGCGCCAGCGGUCACACUCGCGGUGUACGGGACAUUGCGGCGGACAGCGAUGCGGGCUUGCUGGCCAGUGCGGGCUGGGACAACCGCCUCAUCGUCUGGGAGUUACAAGACUGCUCCAUCAGGCACUUCAUUCAUAUCCCCAAUGUGAUGGGCGGCUACGGCUACAUCCGCUUUGUGGCAGUGGGGGGAGGGAAGGUGGCUGUAGCGCAGGCCGGCGGAAAACUUUACUCCAGCUCCCGUCACCCCGCUCUCUUCUCACGUCAACUUUUAUUACUUUUUUCGCCGCUUUUACACCUACUUUUACUGUUUUACGGCUUGGAUCUACUGCUCUUCUUCCGCUCUUGUUUUAGUCUUGGCGGCGAGGUUCACGCGCUCAUGGUGUACGACGCUGAGUCAGGGGACGUGUACGACGUCAUCAUGGAGGACAGGUGGGGGGCUGGCCGGCCCGACCAACAGCGCUUUCCGGACAGCCUCAGCAUGCAAUACGUACGGGCCAUAAAGAUUACACCAAACGGCCGUUGGCUCAUUCUAGCUACAUCUGCCCCGCCAGCUGAUAGGUAUCACGUGUACGACUUGCAAGUUCGUGCCUUCUCCACCUCACUCGUGCACCCGGCGGCAUCCGCCUUCCGGCUGCCCCUGGACGAGGCACAGCCUAUCUUCUGCCCGCUUCAAGGUGGUCUCCUGGUCACCGCACAAAGGGGCCCGAUGGCGAUGACGGCGGCGCCGGCAACCGCAGUAGCAGCAACAGCAACAGGAGCAACACGGGGCGCCCAACGACAGCAGCAAGCUGGCGGCAGCAGUAGCUUUCACAGUACGACAUGCAGUACCGCCGCUACAUCCUUGCCUCCUCUCCUCGUGUGGGACCUUGCACUGGGCAAGCGAGUGGCUGAGCUGCAGGCAACUGAACACCCCGCCGCCGCCGCCGCCACCGCCGCCACCGCCGCCGCGGCCAACACGGCAAUAGCGACAGCGCCACCAUCACCACUAUCCUUCUCGCCUACAUACCAUCGAUUGUCGGCAGCGCUGCGUACGGCAUCCGUACGGCAAUUUCUCAACAUGGCGGCGUCCGCCGAUGGCACCCGGCUGUACCUUCUGGACAGCGCCCACCAGUUCUGGAUUCUGGAUCUCGCGGCGUCACAGGCCCUGGUGGCAGUGAUGACGUCAUCAACGCCCGCCGUACAUCCGCACGACAUCACCGACACGGGAAACUGCAUCGGCGGCGGCGGCAGCAGUAGUACGUGUACGACUACUGCGGCGAUGGCGGCGCCGCUGCCGCUGCCAUUCGUGCCGAAAAGCAGCAAGCUGGCGCGGCGGCAGCAGCACGUAAUGCAGCUCCUCACAUGCAACGGCGAACCGUGCAAACGAACUGCAGCCGCCGCCGCCGCGGCGGUAGGCUCGCAAAUAGCUUCUAUGCCGUACGUGUACGACUGGCCUUACGGCCAGGGCGGCAGUCCCGGCAAGUCACGCUUGGAGUGGCUGGUCGCCGCGACCUCCAGAGUGGAUGAAGCUCCCCAUGAGGUCCUGUACGGCAUUUGUACGGAUGCUCCUGUCGGCGGCGGGAGUCACCAGUCGGGGGCUUGGUUUUGGAGCGAUGACGCGCAUUGGAUGGUGAUGCAUCCGGAGGUGGAUGGUGAAGUGCCGGGGAACAGGGUGAAUAAUGGAGGAGAAGGAACAGCCCAAAAGGAGGAGGAGGAGGUGGAGGUGGGGGUGGGGGAGGGGGUGGAGGACGUAUGCAACACGGCGGGGGUUCCGUGCGGGCUUGCUGGUACGAGUUCCGGUGCGGGCUCUGGGCCCCCCGCCAAUGCGGCCUUCCGCCUGGGGUCUGGCGUCUUGCGCGGUAUGGGCCUGGAUUUGGAAUCCAACCCGCUUUGGGUUUGGAGGGAGGUACGGCGGGUGGGGGGCUAG